AUGGACAACUCGCCAACCGCCCUCUUCGAAAACUACGACGACGAUCUCAAGCAGCUCGUCUCUAGCCUCAAGGGCAAGCUCGAUGGCGAUGUCCAGACCCUCCGUGGUGAACCGCGCAAGGCGGCGCUGAAGAAGGUCUCUGAUGACCUCGACGAGGCAGAGGAAAUCAUCUCGCAGAUGGAACUCGAGAUCCCCUCGAUGCCCGUUAGCCUCCGCAAGAACUUCCAGGAGCGGCUAGCCACAAGCAAGGCGUCGGUCGACAAGGUCACGAAGCAGGUGCGCGACCUCCGCGCGUCGACGCAACGCGAGGAGCUACUCGCCGGCGCGGGUGGAUGGAGCGAUGACCCGUACACUGACGACGACCCGAGUGCGUUCAGUGCGCGUACCCGCCUCCUCGCAGGUACGGAGAUGCUCUCCACAAGCAGCCAGCGACUCGACAACGCACACCGCGUCGCACUUGAGACGGAGGACGUCGGUGCCGAUAUUCUGCGUAACCUCCGUGGGCAGCGGGAGCAGAUCGAGCACACACGCGACACCUUGACUGGCGCCGACGCGAGCAUCGACCGUGCCGCAGGAACACUUAAGAAGAUGAUACACAAGAUGUACCAGCAGAAGGUAGUCACCGGCGCGAUUAUUGCAGUGCUCGUGCUCCUGAUCAUCCUCGUUCUGUGGUCCAAGAUUCGCGGUUAA